CACUAACAAUGGAAAAAAAAUAAAAUUAAAAUAACAAAAUAUUGAAAAUCAUGAAACCACCGUGACCGGUGACCAUUUCAUUCUCUCCCCCCUCUCUCUCUCUUCUCAACUUUCACUGUUCCUUCAACAACAAGAAGAAUCUAACGACGGAGCCACGGUGGAGUUUACUCCGCCUAUCUCCUCCAUCGCCUCCGGCGUUCUUCAAUCAAAUCCACCAAUUUCAUGGAUCUCCCCUCUCCCCUCCUCCUCCUCCUCCUCUUCACCCUCUCUCUAUUCUCCGAUCUGAUCGCUGCUGAUCUCAAUUUAGCUUCCGAAUCAGGUAUGAUUUUCCCGCUAAGCUACUCUCCCCUACCGUCACGAGUCGAGGAUUUCCGCCGCCGUCGUCUCCAUCAAUCUCCCCUCCCUAACGCUCACAUGAAGCUCUACGAUGACCUCCUCGCCAACGGUUACUAUACGACACGGUUAUUGAUAGGAACACCACCACAAGAGUUCGCUUUGAUUGUAGAUACUGGAAGUACUGUUACUUACGUUCCUUGCUCCACUUGCAAACACUGUGGGAAGCAUCAGGAUCCGAAGUUCCAACCUGAGUUAUCAAGCACCUACGAAGCUGUGAAAUGCAAUCCUGAUUGUAAUUGUGAUGAUGAUGGGAAACUAUGCAUCUAUGAGAGACGUUACGCUGAGAUGAGUUCGAGCAGUGGGGUUUUAAGUGAGGAUUUGAUAUCUUUCGGCAACGAGAGUCAGCUUUCUCCUCAACGUGCUGUUUUUGGAUGUGAGAAUUCAGAGACAGGGGAUCUUUUCAGCCAACGUGCUGAUGGUAUUAUGGGGUUGGGUCGUGGUAAGCUCAGUAUUGUUGAUCAGCUUGUUGACAAGGGUGUUAUCGAGGACUCUUUUUCGUUGUGUUAUGGUGGAAUGGAAGUUGGUGGUGGUGCUAUGGUGCUUGGUAAGAUAACUCCUCCGGCAGGAAUGGUGUUUGCUCAUUCUGAUCCGUUCCGCAGUCCAUACUAUAACAUUGACCUGAAACAAAUGCAUGUUGCUGGCAAGUCUCUGAAGCUAAACCCUAAGGUAUUUAACGAAAAGCAUGGAACCGUCUUGGAUAGUGGAACUACGUAUGCUUAUUUUCCCAAGGAAGCCUUUAAUGCCAUAAAGGAUGCGGUCAUUAAGGAAAUCCCAUCUCUCAAACGGAUCCAUGGUCCAGACCCAAACUAUGAAGAUAUUUGUUUCUCUGGCGCUGGAAGGGAUGUGUCUGAGAUGCACAAAUUUUUCCCCGAGAUCGCUAUGGAGUUUGGCAAUCAUCAGAAGCUGAUCCUUUCUCCCGAGAACUACUUAUUCAGGCACACUAAAGUUAGAGGCGCUUACUGCCUUGGAAUAUUUCCUGAUAGAGACUCAACAACACUCCUUGGAGGUAUUGUUGUUCGGAAUACGCUUGUCACUUAUGACCGUGAAAAUGACAAGCUCGGGUUUUUGAAAACUAACUGUUCUGAUCUAUGGAGGAGGCUUGCGUCACCACCAGAUUCUCCAGCACCUACUUCACCAGUUACCCAAAAUACAAGUUCUCAGAUCUCUCCAAGCCCCGCUUCAAGCGAGUCUCCUACAGUGGAUCUUCCAGGUGUUUUUCGGAUUGGAGUUAUCACCUUCGAAGUGUCAAUUAGUGUGAAUAAUGCUUCAAUGAAGCCCAACUUUUCAGAGAUCGCAGAUUUCAUUGCCCAUGAGUUAGAGAUUCAAAGUUCACAGGUUCGUUUGCUGAGUAUCUCGACCAGCGGGAAAGAGUAUCGCCUGAAAUGGGGAGUCUAUCCCCCACAGUCUUCAGAGUACAUUUCCAAUAAUACAGCACUGAACAUAAUGUCGCUUCUGAAGGAAAACAAAUUACGCCUACCCGGUCAAUUUGGAAGCUACAAAUUGCUAGAAUGGAAGGCUGAGCAGAAGCGGAAACAGAGCUGGUUGGAGAAGCAUUUACUUGGCGUGGUGGGGGGAGUGAUGAUCUCGUUACUGGUUACUGCGGUGAUGGUCAAACUUGCAUUGGUGUGGAGAAGGAGACAACAAGAAGAAGCUACUUAUGAGCCUGUAAAUGCUGCUGUUAAAGAACAAGAACUUCAGCCUCUUGCGUCCUCUGAAACAUCUAAUGCUUGAGCCUCCGCAUCACUUAACAGAGUCUCUCUCUGUCCAUAUAUAUACCUAUAUUUGAAUUAAUAGAUAGAAAAUUAAACCCCAGGACUCAGGAAAACAAAGAUUCAUCAAAUUAAAAGAUACUUUGAUUUCAAGUAAAUUGUUGUAGUUACGUUACUUUCGAUGUGCAAUGAAAGAAAGAAACAAAAAGAAGAGAGAAAUUUGUUCCAUUUCUUUCUCUUCUUACUUUGAUUGAGAAGAGGUGUUCGGUAUUUGAAAGGAUUAGGACGGGAUGGUUAUGUUAG